AUGGCGCCGUCUCAAACCGCCCUGACGUCUUACCUCUUGGGCAAUCUGCAUUGCCCAUCAUGCGUCGCUGCCAUUCGCAGCCUGCUAGCCGAAGCUUAUGGCGACCAGAUAAAAUGGGUGUCACCGAACCUAGUCACCUCUGUCGUUACCGUCGAGCAUCAAUCUACUAUACCUGGCAUUGUCCAAAGCAUGGCCAAGACUCUGGAAGACGUUGGCUUUGAUGUGUGCGCUGUCGAUUCCUCUUGCGACAGCGCAGACGACAGUGUCACUGUCGUCGAUCACGGCGAGGGCAACCUCAUCGCCCCUCAAGAAGGAAGCGCAUUUGACGUCUUCUCUUGGCUCUGGAAACCCAAAGCCUCUGCCUCCAUAGACGCUGCCCGCGCCGCCCACCUCAAAAACUGCGAGUCCUGCCGAAACGGCGAGGAUCACGAUGCGCCCACGCGGGAACACUCACCCGCUCCGUCGCCCACUAUACCUGCUGCUCUCGAUGGCAUCGUCACCUCGGAUGUCGCAUCUACAGGCCCCUGGCGAGCUACUCUUUCCGUCGGCGGAAUGACUUGCGCCGUCUGCACCAACACCAUUACCAGGGAGAUGGAGAAGCUGCCGUGGGUUUCCAAAACCACCGUCAAUCUCGUGGCAAACAGUGCCGUAGUCGAUUUUAUAGAACCUCAUCGCGCUCAAGACAUUGUUGAAGGCAUCUCCGAUUUGGGCUACGACGCCACUCUGGACAAGGUCCAGGAUCUAGGCCAGGCCAGCAAGAACACCGACGCCCGCGAAGUUGAAAUCAAGAUUGACGGCAUAUUCUGCCCGCGGUGCCCUGACAGAGUCUACGCGACAAUGAAAAACUUUGGCACUAAAAACGUGGAGGUUCUUAAGAAGCCUACCAUCAAUCGGCCAUACCUCAAAGUGCGAUAUACCCCAGCAUCUCCUACAUUCACCGUCCGCCAUAUCCUCAAAGCCAUCGAGGCCACAGAUCCAUCCCUGCAAGCCUCCAUUUAUCACCCUCCUACUCUUGAAGAGAGGUCUAGGGCCAUUCGCGCAAAGCAUCAGCGUGCUUUGCUCUGGCGCAUGAUCCUGGCUCUGAUUCUUGCCGUGCCGAGCCUUGUCUUUGGCAUUGUCUACAUGAGCCUUGUUUCCGACUCGGAUCCUACCAAACACUUUUUAAUGAAACCAUGGGUUUCUGGUCUCAAUCGCAUGGAGAUCAUUCUUUUUGCGCUUUCCACCCCCGUCUACUUUUUCGGUGCCGACAUCUUCCACACUCGGGCUAUAAAGGAGAUCUGGACAAUGUGGAAGAGCGGCAGCCGCACACCUAUUGGUCAACGCUUUUACAAAUUUGGCAGCAUGAACCUGCUCAUCUCUCUGGGGACAACUAUUGCCUAUUUCUCAUCCAUUGCGCAAAUGAUUGCAGCAGCCAUCAAUCAUGAUACCGAUGUCCCAGCGGAUCGUUUCUACUUUGACUCUGUCGUCUUCCUGACAUUAUUUCUGCUUGCUGGCCGAUUGAUUGAGGCUUAUAGCAAGUCAAAGACUGGAAGCGCAGUCGAAGCCUUGGCAAAGCUGCGUCCUACCACUGCACUUCUCGUCGAGGGCACAGGAGGUGACGUCACGACGACAACGAUUCCUCUGGAUCAGCUGGAGCACGGCGACAUCAUCAGAGUUCCCCAUGGCGCUUCACCGGCCGCUGAUGGCAUUAUUCUCUCUGGUGAAAGCAAUUUUGAUGAGUCUAGUCUUACUGGUGAAUCACGGCCUAUCAAGAAGAACGUGGGUGACGAAGUCUUUGCUGGCACUGUCAACAAGGGGUCCGCAGUUACAAUCCGUGCAACAGGCACAUCUGGCAAAUCUAUGCUAGACCAGAUUGUCGAAGUUGUUCGCGAAGGCCAGACGAAGCGAGCACCCGUGGAACAAAUCGCCGAUCUCAUGACGUCUUACUUUGUGCCCGUGGUGACACUCAUUGCGAUAGUCACCUGGAUUAUCUGGAUGGUAUUGGUGGAGACGGGCAAGGUCUCCGGCGAGGAGACGAACACCUCCAGCGGACGCAUAGCGUUUGCGUUCCAGUUUGCCAUUGCAGUCUUUGUCGUCGCCUGUCCUUGCGGUCUCGGACUUGCUGCUCCUACUGCCAUCUUUGUCGGCGGAGGCAUCGCUGCCAACCAUGGCAUCCUCGUCAAAGGAGGUGGCGAAGCGUUUGAAAAGGCGAGCAGAAUUGACUGCGUGGUCUUUGACAAGACUGGCACACUUACCGUUGGUGGUGAGCCUCAAAUUACCGACUCAUCGAUGCUGCCCGAAGGGUCUAUAGAUGUCCCGGAAACCACUAUUCUCUCUGGCCUGAAGGCUAUCGAGCAGAGCAGCACUCAUCCCAUUGCCAAGGCAAUUGUGGCAUUUUGCGGCGCUGGGCGAUCAUCGGCUGAACUUGAUGACAUUGAGGAAGUCCCCGGAAAGGGAAUGAAGGCUACCUUUAAAUCUUCUGAGCUCAAAAUCGCCGUCGGUAACGAAGCCCUCCUGAAAGACCUCGACGUUGUCAUGUCCGACAGAGUCCUCUCGACGCUCAACACUUGGAAGACGGAAGCCAAGUCUGUCGCUCUCGUCGCCAUACGGAAAGCCUCUACCUGGCGCCUCGGUGCCAUCCUGGCCAUUUCCGAUCCCAUCCGCAACGAGACUGUGCCAGUCGUCAGGGCCCUGCAGCAGCGCGGCACCCAAGUCUGGAUGCUCUCAGGCGACAACCUGACGACCGCCAAGGCCGUCGCCCACCUCGUCGGCAUCCCGGCCGACCACGUCCUCGCCGAGGUGCUGCCCUCGGAAAAGGCCGAUAAGGUGCGGUAUCUGCAGGCCUCGGCGGGCAGCCGCUCGUCGUCGUCGAGCGGCCGCGCCAUGGUGGCCAUGGUGGGCGACGGCAUCAACGACUCGCCGGCGCUGACGACAGCCGACAUUGGCAUCGCGAUUGGCUCGGGCAGCGACGUGGCCAUUUCCAGCGCCGACUUUGUGCUCGCGAGCUCGCAGCUCACGGCCGUGCUCACGCUGCUGGACCUCAGCAAGGUCGUCUUUCGCCGCAUCAAGAUGAACUUUGGCUGGGCGCUCGUGUACAACAUGGUGGCGCUGCCGAUUGCCGCGGGCUGCCUGUACGCGAUCCAGACGAGCUCCGGCACCCACGUCAAGCUGGACCCUGUGUGGGCGAGCUUGGCCAUGGCGCUGUCGAGCCUGUCGGUCGUGCUGAGCAGUCUGAGCCUGCGCAGCGGCAUUCCGUUUUUGGGGUUCCGAGCGAAGAAGAUGGUUGUAUAA